ACCUGUUAGAACAUCAGCACGUCGACUAUUAGCGUGGGGAUGGAACUGUCAACAUAUAGGGGCAUUCUCGCUAGGUAUCUUCAAACGACGCUUGAAUGAGCUGGAAUGUUACACAGAAGGGCGGUUACAUCAGCUAUACAGAUACAUAUUAUUAAGCUGGUGUGGUGUGGAAAGGUUGUGAUACUGGUAAAACAAUGGAGAUUUCAGCAGCCUGUACAGGAGACGAGGACACCGCCGAGCAUCCAGAACAUCGCGUACGCCGAACGUCCGGGUUCUCGUGCACACCAACAAGAGUAAGUCAAAGUUCUUAUAACAAGGGGUAGAUACGUGUAGCAGUCGCAAUCUUUAAGAACCAUGGCAUGGUUGCACAGCGUACCUGGUCCUAUAGAUUUUUUUAUGAUAAGCAUGGAGUGUGUUAUACGAUUCUUUGAACCUUAUACUCACAAAAUCAAAUUUUACUGAAGGAAUCUAUAAUCAUUUUGUUCAAAAUUUUGGUUACAUAUUAUUAUGUAAGCUUAGUAAUACGUUUCUAUAUUCUGGUAAUUGUCGACAAAAGACCUGAAUUUAAGGAAUACCGCUUUAUGAAACCGAUUUUAGGAUCACAAUAAGAAAUGUUGCAUCGCAUUUUCUACAAUGCUCUAAGUAAACUGUUUAUACAAGAUGUAUUGACAGGUAUGAACAAGUAGGAACCACGCUAUGCUAAAGAAUGAAUCUUAAGAUAUAAACACUGCAGUGUGCAUACAAAAGUUUUCAAAUCUUUUGUACCGUCCAACAAUACAAACAUUCCAAAAUUAUUGCUUACAGGAUGGCAUGUGGUUCUUUUUUAUGAUCAUUCAGGAGAUGAAAAGGUAAAACAAUGCCAUUUUUGUCUAUUAGCUGAAGCGUUGAAGGCAUGUGGCAAGGAAACAAUGGGGACAUUGAAAACAUGUGCUAAACCACAGUCUAAUAACCAAACAAACAAAUUAUCGAAGAGGGAUAGAAUACUAACAUGCCGAGUUUCUGUAGGCAUCCGAGUAGAGGAUGGAAACAACGCGGAACCUCGCGAGAAUCACGUGAUCAGGAUGAACGUGAGCGGUAUGCACUUCAGCACACGCGAGAGCGUUCUCUGCAGAUAUCCGGACACCCUACUCGGAGAUAUAAGAAGACGUAAGAAAUUCUACUGCAAGGAUCUCGACGAGUAUUUCUUCGACCGACACCGCCCGAGUUUCGAGGGAAUCCUGAUCUACUACCAGACGGGUGUGCUGAAGCGGCCAGAAGACGUGCCACUGGACGUGUUCGUCAUGGAGCUGCAUUUCUUCGACAUGGGAGAAAACGUCAUCACACAGCUGUUGAUUAAGGAGGGGUAUUUUGUGCCAAAGAAGGAGAAGUUGCCGCAGACCAGAAUCAAGCGUGUCAUCUGGGACCUCUUCGAGCGGCCAGGGACUUCCACUUGGGCAAAAGUCAUCACCACCGUGUCUUCUCUCUUCAUUCUCCUGUCCGUUACAACUUCCUGUGUAGAAACGCUGCCUCAGUUUCACAAGUCACACCAUUCGCACCAAAGCAACAGUGAUACCCAGGUUAACGCCACCGAGGGAUUGGCAAAUGUAACAUCUGGCAACAUCAUCAGCCGGCAAGACGUCGCCUCGCAGAACCCUUUUCUCUGCAUCGAGACUGUUUGCGUCAUCUGGUUCGUCGCUGAACUUGGACUUCGCUUCUACGCGUGCCCCAGCAAAGCGGAGUUCUCGAGGAACGCCCUCAACGUGAUCGACUUCGUGGCCAUCUUGCCUUAUUUCGUCACCGUCGUCUUGAUUCUGACGGAAACGUCUGAGGAGCAGGCCGCACUCUCUCUCGGCGCCUUGCGGAUCCUUCGGCUGGUGCGAGUUCUGCGAAUCCUUCAACUCACCCGUCACGUCAAGGCCAUAAGGCUUCUCUGGAUCACGGUGUACGACAGUCGCUACGCUUUGCUCACCCUGCUCUUGGUGAUGGCGAUCGGCAUCGUGACGUCAGCUACCGGUCUCUACAUCACGGAACAACGGCACCCUGACGCGGCAUUUCCCAGCGUGCCCCACUCCUUCUGGAAGUCCGUCAUCACCAUGACGACGGUCGGGUACGGUGAAACGGACGUCAUCAGUCUUGGCGGGAAAAUCGUCGCUGUCGUCUGCGCCGUCUAUGGAAUACUGAUAAUGGCGAUUUUGAUCCCGACGUUUGUGGACAGGUUCGGUGCAUUGUAUAUGUCAGAGAUUGUUAAUCCGUACGGGGAAGUACUCGAGCUCACGCAGAAAGAAAAACUACCGAAAAGACGAAAGUUAAGACGGCGAGAGACUUUGGUCUAGUCCGUCUUUUGGUACGCAUUGAAGAUGUACGUACAAGAAUGUACAAGUUCAAAUUGACAUAUCUUUGUUUUAGGAACAGUUUCUGGGGACUUUUUUCGGACGCGCUCUGCCUCUAAACCCAGAAAAAUGUACAUAAGAAACUCAAACGGACUUUUAAUGUAUGCACUUGUGUGAACACUUCUUAGAUGACCUUUACGACUUCACUCCUAGCUGCAGAUUGUUGUAUUUCAAAUGUUUGGUUUGCCCACUGAUAUCACUAGUAUUAACUUAUAUGUAUAUAGCAAUGUUGACCAUUGCAGUAAGUGAAUAAGAAGGUAUGUCAGCUGAGUAUUUGUGAAUGUAACAGAUAUAACAUAUUGUUGUUGUUUUAAACUAAAUUGAAGUUAAUGAGCAUAAUGUUAAGUAUGGGUCCGAAGAAUUCUUGUAUUGUGUAUGCGCAGGAAUUUUGGACGACAUUCGAAGAAAAAGGUGGCAAAAGGGAGUUUAUAUUUUCAAUCAACCCUCUCUUGUUCCUCCAUGUAUUGUACCUACUGUUCCAAAAGGACUGAAAGGAGUCAAGUCGCGGAGGGUUGACACGAUACGGUAUUCAAUCUUUUCUAGCCGCCACGGUAUUCAACUCAAUGCAAAUAAAGGCACAACAAUUCAA